AUGGCGACCACGUUAGGUGCAUUCCUUGCUGGAGGCAUCGCAGCUUGCGGUGCAGUCACCGUCACCCACAGUUUCGAGACCGUCAAGAUUCGGCUACAAUUGCAGGGUGAAUUACAAGCCAAGAAGGAUGCGCCAAAGCAGUACCGGGGCGUCUUGCACGGCGUCAAGGUGAUUUUGCAGAAUGAGGGACCGCGCGGCCUCUUCCGGGGAAUUGGAUCGGCCUAUGUCUACCAGGUCCUACUCAACGGCUGCCGGCUCGGAUUCUACGAGCCCAUUCGCGCGAACCUCACAAACGCCAUCUAUAAUGACCCCAAGGUGCAAUCCCUCGGUGCCAAUGUCUUUGCCGGAGCUGCGUCGGGCGUCAUCGGUGCGGCUGCCGGAUCGCCGUUUUUCCUGGUAAAGACCCGCCUCCAAUCCUACUCCCCUUUCCUGCCGGUGGGCACCCAGCACAAGUACAAGAACUCGUACGAUGGACUCAGCAAGAUUUACCGGUCCGAAGGCGUCAAGGGUGUGUACCGUGGCGUGGGCGCUGCCAUGAUCCGCACGAGUUUCGGCAGUGCCGUCCAGCUUCCCACAUACUUCUUCGCUAAGCGUCGUUUGACGCGGCACCUGGGCAUGGAAGAGGGUCCCGCGCUGCAUCUGGCCAGUAGCACGGCAUCGGGCUUUGUCGUAUGCUGCUUCAUGCAUCCUCCAGACACCAUCAUGGCGCGCAUGUAUAACCAAACCGGAAACCUGUACCAGGGCGUCUUCGACUGCCUGUUCAAGACCAUCCGAACCGAGGGGGUGCUGGCCAUCUACAAGGGCUUCUUCGCCCAUUUGGCGCGCAUCCUGCCCCACACGAUCUUGACCCUCAGCUUGGCGGAGCAAACGAACAAGCUGAUGCGUCGCGUGGAGGAUCGCGUGCUGCCGGACUCCUUCCGCGAGAAGAUUUGA